AGAUAUCAGCUCCCAAGAGCUUUAAUUACCGACUUUUCGGGCUCAAAAUCACAAUUAAACCGACAAGGGAGUGAGUAAAGCGUUCUAUGGCGACCAUAUGAACCAUAAAUUAGCCGUGCUGAGUUCAGGGACACUAUGGAAACUGGAAUUUCCGCUCCAAUGAAGCCAGGCACUUUAAAAAGCAACGAAAAUAGGCUAUUGAGAACAUUUUCCGGACCACGGAUGACCAAGGAAUUUCUGAAGGAUCACUGCAGACAAAACAGGCUCUAUUCCACGCCACAUUUAAAUGACACGCUCUACCUACACUUUAAGGGCUUCUCCACCAUCGAGAACUUGGAGGAGUACACCGGGCUCAAGUGUCUGUGGCUGGAGAGCAAUGGGCUGCAGCGAAUUGAGAACCUGGAUGCGCAAAUCAACCUGCGGUGCCUUUUCCUGCAGCAGAACUUGAUCCACAAGCUGGAGAAUCUCGCACCCAUGCAGAAACUGUGUUCCCUGAAUGUCUCCAACAACUACAUCAACACCAUCGAGAACAUUUCCUGCCUCCCUCAGCUCAGUACUCUGCAGAUUGCCCACAACAAACUGGAGGUGGUCCAUGACAUCCAGCACCUGAGCAAAUGCGUGGCCCUCACAGUUCUCGACCUGUCACACAACCUGCUCCAUGAGCCGGGGAUUCUCCCCAUUUUGGAGGCCAUGCCGGAACUGCGCGUCCUGAAUUUGUUGGGCAACAAGGUGGUGACCAACAUUCCCAACUAUAGGAAGACGCUUAUCGUACGUCUUAGGCAUCUCACCUUCCUGGAUGACCGGCCCGUUUUUCCCAGAGACAGGGCCUGUGCAGAGGCAUGGGCUUUGGGUGGUCUGGAAUUGGAACGCAAGGAGCGGGAACAAUGGGACACGCAGGACCGGAAGAAAAUCCAAGAUAGCUUGGAUGCUCUGGCUUUGAUUAAAAAGAAAGCACAGCGAAGACUGCGUCUUCAAGAGGAAGCGGAGAGAGGUGACACUGAGGCUUCCAUCUCUCCCGAAACCUCUUGUGAGGAAUCGGCUGGUGAGAACAUCCAAAGCUUUGUGCAGGAAACACUGAAUGCUCACGAUGAAUUUCUUCAAAGUCAAGCAAUGCGGUGCAAUGAAAACCAGAAAGAUGAGGUGGAUUCAGAUUUGGAGCAGCUUGAUGAAGGGCUGAAGGCCAAGGCUGUAGAUAAGAUAUUUGAGACAGAUGAUAAACAAGCAUUAGAUGGUGACAAGGCUCUGCUUAGUGGCGGUAAACCAGCAAGAGAACCUAUAACAAUUGUAAACCAUGUCGACCAGGAGAACCAGCUGGGGGCUAGACUGGUGGAUGCAAAGCUACUGCAAAUUGAUGACCUUCCUGUUCUUGAGGAUGUACAAACACCUGCUAAGACCAUCCAGCGCUUUGUUCAGGACAUAGUGGAUGCCAAUGAGUUCCUCCAAGGUCAAACAAUCCUACAAGCUGAUGAAAACGACUCCAAAUCCGAGCCGCUCGAUGAAGUGUUUGAGACUGACACGAAACACAAGAUGUGCGAGACAGAUAAAGAACAUACUCCGCGAUCUGCUGAUGAGCAGGAUCAGGUUUUUGUUUAUGAAGAGGGAAAAGCAUCUAGAACAAGUUUGAACCCUGAGCAUCAGCUUUCUUUCUGGAUGUUAGAUUCAACUGAAGAGCCACAAGGCCCCAGUGCUCUAAAGGAUGCAAUGUUGCUGCAUGUUGAUGAUAUUCUUGAUGAUUUGAAACCUGGGAAGAUUCUUAGCCUUGUGCACAACACUCUGGAGGCCGAUGAAGAGUACCUCCAAAGUCAAACAAUAGUGCAAGCUGAUGAAAACCAGGAAAAAAGUGAAAAAACUAAAUCGGAGCAGCUUGAUGUAGGACUUGAGGCCAAAGAGGAGAUGUCUGAGAAAGUGGAAUUUGAUGAACAUGCUACGCAGGUGGAUAGAGAUGAUGAGCAGGUUCUUGACAAUGAAGCAGGAAGAGGACCUAAAACUAUUAGAAACCAUGAGUCCAAGAAUUUUCAGAGUCCUUUGGUGGUAGAUUCUCCUGAAGAACAAGGUUCAAGUUCACUGUGCACAGGGCUGCAAGAUGACGUGUUGCAACAUAGUGAUGAUCAUUUUGUUGAGAACAUCAGAUCACCUACUGAGAACAUCCAUAGACCUGUGCAGAACACAUUGGAGACCCAGAAGGAAUUUCACCAGAUUCAAACAAUACUUAGACCUGUUGAAAUCCAGGAAAAGGAAAAAGCCUUCAAAUCACUUCAACUUUGUAGAUUGGGGACCAGAAUUGAAGGGGCUAUGUCAGAAGAACAUAAAAAAGCUCAUCAGGUGGGUGGAGAGGAAGAUCAGUUUCUUGCAAAUGAAAAAGGAAGAGUAUCUCCAACAUUUGUAAGCCCUGAGCCCCAGCAGAGCCACCUUCCUUUGACUGUAGAUUCUCUUCAAGAGCCACAAGAUUUCGGCCUAAAAGGGAGUGGCCUGCAGUAUCCAGAGUUGCACACUGAUAACAGUUUUUACCUUGAGGGUGUGGAACCAACUGAUGAGAAUAUCAAUAGAUGUUUGCAGGACACACUGGAGGCUAAUGAGGAUAUUAACCCAAGUGAAACCACACAGGUAUCUGUUGAAAACCAGAAUGAAUGCAAAUACUCAAAAUUAGAGCAGCUUGAUGAAGGAGUAGAGGCAUCUAAAGAAGAUGAACAAGCUCGACAAGGUGAUGAUGACGUUCAGGUUCUUGUACAAGGUUCUUGCAUGUUCUCCCCGGGCCUGUUUACAUUGAUUGUAAACCCUAAGAACAAUGAGAAUCAACAUCCUGAGGUGAGAGCAGAUUCUUUCCAAAGACUGCAGGAUGGAGAACUGCUGCCUAUUGAUCUUUCUGUUCUUGAAGAUGUCAAUCCAUCUACUGAGAACAUUCAAAACUUUGUGAAGGACGCAAUAGAGGACCACAAGGAAUUUCUCCAAAGUCGAACACAGCCAGCUGAUGAAAAUCAGGACAGAACCGAAGACUCCAAAUCAGAACAGCUGGAAAAAGUAUUGGAGGCCAGAGCUGAAGAGGAUUUGACUGAAGCACAGAAAGACAAGGUUCAACAGGUUGAUGGAGCAAAAGAUUAUGUCCUUGGUGGAGACAGCACUUCCUUCACUUGA